UCUGCAGCCUCUGUCUCUGGGCAGUCACCAGACCACCCCCCUGAGAACUCUCCUCUCCAAACACGGGACAAUGAGGCUUUGGUUGUAUCUCGUUCUCAUUGCAGCAGCGUUUGAAGGUGUCCGGUCCCAGAAGCUGGUGGAGUCCGGAGGUGGAAUUCAGAAGCCUGGGGGAUCUCUCCGCCUCUCCUGCAAAGCCUCCGGGUUCACCUUCAGCAGCUACCACAUGAGCUGGGUCCGGCAGGCGCCCGGGAAGGGCCUGGAGUGGCCAGCGGCGUUCCAGGUCUUCGGCGGCACUUCGGUGGCGGACUCAGUGAAAGGCCGAUUCACCAUCUCCAGAGACAACCCCAACAACCUGCUGCAUUUGGACAUGAUCGGCCUGAAGCCCGAGGACGCCGCCCGCUAUUACUGUGCGGGACACACAGUGCGGGGCGCCGGGCUGAGCUCAGACAGAAACCCGCCCUCUCUGGCUAAGCACAAACUCUCCGCUGGGGGGCGCUGCAGUUCUACAGCUCGCAGCGCAGAGACCGCCCCGGACAGACAAUCCGCAGCCCCUGGGUCUCUGCAGUUACCAGCCACUCUCCACCGAGGACUUUCCCCUCCAGCACCAGGGAAAAUGAGACUUUGGCUUCAUUUACUUUUCCUUGCGGCGGCUCUGGAAGGGGCCCGGUCACAGGUGGCUCUGACCCAGUCCGGUCCAGAACUGAAGAAGCCCGGAGAAUCCACUCGGCUGAAAUGCUCCGCGAGCGGGUUCACUAUCACCGACUAUUAUAUGGACUGGGUCAGACAGGAGCCGGGAAAGGAGCUGGAGUGGCUGGUCCACUACUGGAAACCAAGGCAGAGCGAGUAUUAUUCUCCCACCAUCAAGGGGCGAUUCACAGUCUCCAAGGACAGCUCCAACUUCUACCUGCACAUGACCGGCCUGAGACCCGAGGACACCACCAUGUAUUACUUGAACGGAGAAGCUGAGCCCCGAGGGAAGGUCAAUGGCAGUGCAGAUCCCUGA